UUUCCUAUGAAAUACAGGAACUGAAACGUCUGUUAGGCUCUCUGCAUUCAUUUCAUAAAUCCUCCCGUCACAUCCCUCCUCUGUGUUCUCUGUUUGUGUCACAAACACAAGUGUAGGGGAGGGUAACACGGCAGCAGGUCUCCACAUUGCUCACCCUACUUCAGCCAUGACCAUGAAGGACUGUCCUGCUGACAGCCAUUGGGAUGAACUUGUCAGUGAAUGUAUCCCUAGAAGGAUAGAAGAGAGCGCACCUGAACCUGGACCUCAACCUCAACCAUCAAUUGAGCCUGUUGUAGUCCAGUUGAGAUCCACGACCCGUGCUUCCCAGGCUAGCCCAGUGAUGGAGCUUAGUCCUGCUCUAUGGAUCAUUGUGAUGCUGGCCACAGUGGGCUCAGUCUUGGCUCUGGUUCUCUGGUUUAUCAUAUACAGACGACAGACCAGCCUUAGCAACGCCUCAGAGGACUCUGAGCCACAACAGGAACCUCUUCAGAAAACGGAGCCACCUGUCAUAAUCCAUUCACUGCCCUCAGAAAUGAACAGCCAUGCAGAUGUGUUGCAGAGAGCAGCAGGGGCCCCUUCUCUCUGUUCUCACCUGCACAUGGGGGCCCAAACUGGCUCACAGUGGGAGCAGGGUCCCACCACAUACAGGGACCCCACAAAGCAUGCUGGGACAGAGGGGGGCAGAGGGCUGCCUACAUGUGGCACAAUGAGAGAACACAGAAUCCCACUUCCUGCCACAGAACUGGGUGGCACUGCGUUAGUGACAACUAAAACUGUGUAGGACUGAGUGUGUGUAUAUGAGCAUACUGCUUCUACUGGUCUGUACCUCCAUUGCUUAAUCCUAAUUUUGUACACUUUUCUACCGUGUUUUUAUGUUUUUUAUAUUAUUGACUUUUCCACACCUGUUUUGUUUUUUUCUCUGCACUGCUUGAAAAAAGUGCUAUAGUGUAAAUUGGUGUCCAAUAAUACCAUGUAAGACUAUAUUGUUUAGUGUACUUCACUGCAAAUGCUCUGAAUCUUGUGUCAUAGUUCAAACAUCAUUUAAUUAAACACCAAAAUCAAUACACAAAUAUCUCUGAUGUUCUGAAAACAAGGUAGCAUUCUUGUGCUGUGAAAGAGAAAUAUUAUGACAGGUCCUGUGUGGAUAUUGUUUCACUGUCUUUGCAGCAGAAAAGGCUAUUUACAUGGUAAAUAAUUUUUUCAAACUUUCUCAAUCAAUGUACUUCCUGCAGGCAACAUCUAAACAUAAAGAGAGGACUGUUCAAAGUAAAGUCAAGAAGAAUAUAUUCUGUAUCAUCUCUCAUUAUUUGGAUCCCUUUUGGAUUGAAAUGACUAUGUGGUUUCCUGAUAGAUGUCAAAGAUCCACAUAGUUGAUGUUUGAGUCAUCAUUAUCCACAGCACAGAAGUCAACAAAGUUUGCCAUGUAUGUUACAAAUAACAAAGAAGCCAUGUAUCAUUUAAACCUAUGACAAUUAAGCAUUUCCAGACAAAAGUUAUGCAUUAUUUGUGGAAAAUAAAUUGUCUGACUGUGGCACCACCAGA